AUGCCCGGCAAGCGGAGUGGUGACAAUGAGGACCCACAGAAGGUUAAACGGCCUCGCGGGCGGCCGCCCGGUCCCAAAGCCAGGCUGUCGGCUGCGGCGAGGGCGGCGGUGGUGGAGGCCGCCGCGGCUUGGGCAGCGGCCGAGGCCACCCCAGGCGGCGCGGAGGCUAUGGGCAUCCUGCUUCCGGGCCAGACACGAAUCAAGAGGAGGCGGAGGGUCAUGCCUCUGGAAGACAAGAUGAAAAUUCUCGAGAAGCUGGAAGAAGGCGUGAGUAACACCGACGUGGGGCGCCUGUUUGGCGUCAACGAGUCAACCGUGCGCACCAUUAAGAAAAACGAGAAGGCCAUCAGGGCCAGCAUGGAGAGUGUUUCGCCGGUGUGCUCCAAGGUGCUGUGCAUUCCCCGUGAUGUAAACAUCGAGAAGAUGGAGACCGAGUUAACCUUCUGGGUGGAGGACCAGACCAUAGGGGGGCGGCCUCUGACGCUGAAAGCCAUCUGCAGCCAGGCCAAACGCAUUUACAAGCAGCUGGUCGAAACCACUGGGAACGGCAACCCGGAUAAGUUUCAUGCGAGCAAGGGAUGGUUUGAGAAGUUUAGAAAUCGCUACAGUCUGCGAAAUUCGAGGUUGAUGGGGGAGGAAGAACCCCUGAAUGCCCAGUCGGCACCCAAGUAUUCCAAACAACUCCAGAGACUAAUCAGAGCCAGAGGCUACGUGCCUCAACAGGUCUUCAACGCUGAGGAGAUGAGCCUGUUUUGGAAGUGCAUGCCUUCACCUGUCACCGGCAGCUAUGUCUCCAGCACUUACUCCAUCGUCUUUGUCAACUGUCCCAAUGAGCAAAUUGCCAGAGAUAUUGCCAGGGCUAGCCUGGAUAAGAAGCUGGCUGCCUCUGUGAACAUCCUGCCUAAGGCAUCCUCACUGUACUUUUGGAAUGGAGAAAUCGAAGAAGCCACUGAAAUCCUGUUGGUGAGUGAGGAUGGGGGCGUUGGGGCCUUGAUAGGGGAAGAGUGA